UUUUUUUAUUUGAACUGACUAAAAAAAGUUCAGUUUGGUAUUAUAUUUUCUGUUAAAUGCUAUUUUCCAAAUAUCCUUUUAUAAUUCACAUGACAUUAAAUGCAAUUGGUUAAAGGAAAAUGUGACAUUCAAACUGGUUCGACGUGCAAUUACACGGUCUGAAACACAAACAGUUAUCGGCGUACAUGGUCGAUAUUCCAGUGCGGGAAAACCCCUUAUGAUACUCUUUUGAUGUCUACUCAUGAAAUGGGAAAUGGGGUUGGUGAAAUGUGUUGCUGUUGAAGAACUCUACACUACUACUAUAACAAAUAUCAUCAUACCUAUUGCACACCGGUACCGGCGGACAUUCAAACAUAAUAAAAAAGUGCUUGUUUGCUUUUGAAAUCUCUUAUCAGACGUACGUAGAUUAAAGAAGAUUCAACAUCAUACAUUUUACACGAGCGUUCAAACUUCCGUGGCUUUGAGCGCAGGGCGAUGAUUCAUCGAGCGACAGGGGAUGCAAGGGGUUGUGGGUGAGACGGAAUGAGGGAAUGGGAAGACAGCAGGGUAAACUUUCAUUGCUUCCAGUUGCAAUGUAAACUAAAGCACUUAUGGCCAGUAAAGAUAAAGAACACUUUUGCUAAACACCGUUCAGUCGAAUCUGUAACAUCGCACGAACCGGGUAUCGUGCGGGGCGCUCGAUCAUUUAUGAUCGGUGGAACGCGUGUGAACCAGUUUUCAUUUGCAUUUUUUUUUCCUCCUUUCAACAGAACAACAAUUUCUGCAUAAUGCCCUGCUGCUCAAAUGGCGAAAAAGUAAUAGCGGAACCACUGAAAUAUGAUCCCGACUUCAAAGGACCGUUAUCGAAACGAUCGUGCACGGAUUUGCCCUGUUUAUUUUUAUUUAUCACGUUUCUGUGUGCCUGGGGUUACGUAGCUUACUAUGCUGUACAACAUGGUGACUUAAAUCGACUGCUCGUGCCGAUUGAUUCCGAUGGUCGGAAGUGUGGGGUGGAUAGCGAAGUGCGCGAUGAACCAUACCUUGUGUUCUUUAACAUUACCGAGUGUGCCAAAAUUGAUGUACCGAUUUCCGGAUGUAGCACUACGCAGGUGUGCGUAGCGCAAUGUCCGAACGAAAAUUUCGAUUUUGAAGCCGCCAACUGCAACUCAUGGAAUCUGAACGAAAUACGGGCCAAACUAAUAUGCAAACAAAGCGUGAAAAAGACCGACCUUACGACAUGCCAGAUUAUUCGCGAGUACAUCGCAGCGGACCGAUGUGCCGGGACAGUGCUAAAAAGCACCUCGUUCUCGAAGCGCUGCAUUCCAGAUGUGGGAACCAUCGCUAACGGGGUGCGCAAUGUGCAGCUAUCGAUCGACGAAGCGAUAAAGAAUUUAAAACUUUUUAUCGGGACAAGCCAAAUGGUGGUGGAAGACAUUUUGCAAUCGUGGCGUAUGAUGCUGGUCUUCGUGGCCUGUUCCGUCCUGGCUAGUUUAACUUUCAUCGCGAUACUCCGCUGGAUAGCGAAGCCAAUGGUAUGGAUAUCGAUUAUCGGCGUAAUCGCUGCCCUCAGCUACGGCGUGUACUACAGCUUCCGGGAGUACCAGAAAAUUCGCGCCAAUCCGGUGGCAGCCCACGUGAACGUGUCGCCCAAUCUUAGCUCGCUGGUUAGCUCCUGGUUCAAGUCGGAUCAAGUCUGGCUUUGGAUACUGAUUGUCCUGUCGGUGAUGCUCGUUGUGCUGCUGCUGGUAGUGUUGGUGCUGCGGAAAAGGAUUGUGAUUGCAAUUGCUCUGGUGAAGGAAGGCAGCAAAGCUGUUACUGCCAGCUACUCGACCGUGUUUUUCCCGCUGGUACCAUGGGUACUGCAGGCCGCAGUCAUUGUGUUCUCCGUGCUCGUGCUGCUGUUCUUGGCGUCCAUCGGGGAUCCUGUGUACAAGAUCAAUGGGCUAAACACAUCGCUGAGUUGUGUGUGCAGCAACGGAUACAAGGAAGGAGACGUUUGCGAUCCUGUCGUGUUCAACGAGAACUGUAGAGAUUCUAGCAGAGCAUACGAUCAAGCACGAUGCAUGGAUGCCGCAUGUCACUUUCAGGAGGUGGACAGUCCCAAAAUUGUGGGCUACUUCCAUGCUUUGAACGUGCUUGGAUUCUUCUGGUGCAUUUGCUUCGUGUCUGCGUUCAGCGAAAUGGUGCUGGCGUUUACCUUUGCCACAUGGUACUGGACGCACCAGAAGUCGCGGCUCCCAUUUUUCGUCCUAACGCGCGGUGUCACACGGACGAUGUUUUACCAUCUCGGCACGCUAGCAUUCGGUUCGUUGAUAAUAGCGAUUUGUAAAAUUAUUCGCGCCUUCCUCGAAUAUCUGGACCACAAGUUGAAGGGCUACGACAAUGGUGUGACUCGUGCCAUUUUGUGCUGUUGCCGCUGUUUCUUUUGGUGUUUGGAAAGCUUUUUGAAAUUUUUAAACACCAACGCGUACAUCAUGUGUGCGAUUUAUGGCAAAAACUUUUGCUCCAGCGCAAAGGACGCGUUCAGCCUGCUCACGCGCAACGUGCUGCGAGUGAUUGCACUGGACAAGGUGACUGGGUUCCUGUUCUUCCUGUCAAAAUUGUUGCUUGCCUCCGGUAUGGGAGCCGUAACGUACACCUACUUCGACAGUGACAUACCGAAAACGCCACUAAACUAUCCGUUCGUGCCGGCGGUGUUUGUGUUCAUUGGAACGUUCAUCAUUGCAUCGAUAUUCUUUAGCGUUUACUCCGUCGCUGUAGACACCCUGUUUUUGUGCUUUUUGCAAGAUAUCGAACGGAACGAUGGCAGUGCCGAGCGGCCGUUCUUUAUGUCGAAAGGAUUGCAAAAAAUAUUGGGCAAGAAGCAGAAGUAAACAACCAUAUUUGCCAAAGGAGUUGCGCCACGCAAGGAAAUUCAGCAGCAACAAGUAGCGACAACGUGUGGUGGGGCCCCAUCAUUACCAUAACCAUACACUUUGAGGCCAAAUUUUCAGCUAUUCUGUACAUGUACAUAUACAUAUAUAUAUUUGGAUGAAAAGCUGUUGUGUAUCAGAAACGCGAAUACACAACCACUCUAACCGUAAGUCUAUAUUUUUAUACUAAUUUAUACGUAUAUACCAUAGGGUACGGUACAAUGGGGAUUGCAAACGAGAGCGUCAAUCGAGCGGGAAGUAAAGCAUUUAAAACAAAGUAUGAAUUGUGAUCGAAAAUGUGCAAGGAAUUUAUGAAACUGGGUAAAAAAGGAUAGGGUAUUUUAGAGGAGUUCCAUCGAUAGUUAGUAGUGUUCGAAUAUGAAUCAUAUGCACUAUACUCGUCCUUAAAUGGAGCGCAAUUUUUGAAAUCUUACAAUUUGAAUAUUUAAUCAGCCAUCAUGUGGAAUCUGGAUCAAAAUAAGCAAUAGGGAACGGAAAAGUCUGUAAUACGUGUUCUGCGUGGAGGUUUUGAACAACAGUGCAGGGAAUAUUGUGCGCAUGAAUGCUAAUACACUGUGAAUUAUAUUACCAAGAGCCAUGAUCAUGAGUUUAAAUAAAGUGAAUUUCUUAUAAAUGCA